CAUGUUCUGGGACAGAUCGCGCAUCUACCGCUAAAAAAGAUUGCCAUCCGCUGAGAAAUGGAUAAAGUAUUUUCCGGUUUGCAACCACCAUCGUCUGAAGACCUUCAAUCUAAACGAUUCUAUGAGCAACUGCUGCGCGGCGAGUGGGGAUCUUUGACUCGAUCCAAUGCGUUUCAGGAGGUGAUCGAAAAAGAUGUUCUGCACGUCAACGCCACGCAGCAUGAAUUGCUGCUUCUGGCUGUUGCUGCACUGCUGGACUUCGUAGAGCGCAAUUUCCUCGGUCCUCACCAACACUCUGCAGUAGACGAGCAGACGGCAGCACCGAAAGCAAUGCUGCAUCAGCUGUCGGUAGAUGGCGAAGAAUUGAAUACCAACGUUGUUCGGGCCGAAUGUUUGCUGGUGUGUAAAAAAAUAUUCGAAUUUCUAACCACCAAUAACUCGCAACAAAGUGAUAGCCCAUGCGUGCGCGUGUGGUACCAACGAUAUUUACUCACGCAUCAACGAUGUUUGGACGAUUUAGCGCACAGCCUUUACGAACGGUUCAAUGAAAACGUUCAGGGCGUUGAGACGAGUCAUGAGGAAGCAACUGGUAACGCUGCAAAGCUAGAGAACUACUUGGAGAUCCUGUUUGGCUACAUUCUAUUCCGACGGAUCACCAAAUCCGAACACUGGGCAGAGAAGAUUGCCGCUUCUUCGAAUGUGACCAUCACUGUCGAUGGACUGCUUGGCGUGCGAACAAAGUUUCAACAAAGCCCGCUUCCUCAAUUGACGCUCCGUGCAAACGGUUACGCAGAGCUGGGUCUACCGGAAGCGUCAGUAACUCAUGGCCAUGUGGCCCUUCCUAUGAUUCUCAAACUCGACGACGACGUACGGUUGGAUAAGGUGAAGUUCCUGAACGAAUCGGAAAAUGAAGACAUACAGCUGCCGGCUUUGAUACAAAACAUGAUUUUGGCCAAACUAAACUUUCUGUACGUGUCUCAGCCGAAAGAACAACUGGCGUUGGAAGAGAUUCAACCGUACAUUACGUCUCUCGUUUAUCAACGUCACGGUCCGUGGGCUACAAGAGUGGCUACUCUGUUUCUGAACUCAUCGAACGAAUGUUCGCACAAACGCACCGUUGACCGAGCCCUGCGUCAGCUCGAGGAACUCGUACAACAGAUCGACGGUACUGGAAACGAAAACUCCGCGAACAUUGCCGAUCGUUUGUCGAUGGCGUUCAGUUCGUGGCUCAUUCCCUACUGGCAGGUGAAAGUUAAACUGGCCGAUGUAAUGGUAUCCCUUGGUUUGAUAAAGGGUGCCCUCGAUAUCUACCGGGCUACGCACAGCUGGGAGAACGUAAUCGACUGUUAUACUGUGCUGGAGUUGCGCCAUCAGGCAGCGGCCGUCAUCCGGCAGCUUAUUGAGCAACACGGACCCUCGGUUCGGCUUUAUUGUAUGCUGGGUGACGCAACCGACGAUGUCGAAUACUAUCGCAAGGCUUGGGAAUUGUCCGGCGAAACGAGUGCCCGAGCCCAACGUCACUGGGGAAACUUUUAUUUCGCGCGCAAGGACUACGCGACCGCAAUCGAACAUUUGAGACGGUCGGUCGAAAUCAACAGCCUGCAAGAACCGACGCUACUGAGACUCGGUUACGCCGCUCUGCAACUUGAAAGGUGGGAGGAAGCAGCCUUUGCUUACCGGCUGUACACCUCGCUCGAGAGCCACGGUUUCGAGUCUUGGAACAAUCUUGCGAAAGCAUACGUUAAACUGGGGGAAAAAGAUCGUGCACAUAAAAUCCUGCAAGAGGCGCUCAAGUGCAACUACAACAACUGGAUGGUUUGGGAGAACUAUCUGCUCGUAAGCGUUGACACGAGGAACUACGAGGAUGCGCUGAAUGCGUACGAACGGUUGAUGGAGCUUAAGGACAAGUACUAUGAUGAGCAAGUUUUGGAAUUGCUGGUGCGCGCGAUUGUUGCCGACGGAACCGAGGCUGACGGUCAACCGUGCAGUCGGUUAAGAAAAAAGGCGAUCAAACUCCUUGGUCACGCGUGCGCACAGCGUACCAACAAUGGUUACCUCUACACGAUGGCAGCCCAGCUGGAGGAUGCCGACAUGCUGAAGCGCUGCCAAAAGCUACAAAACGCGUACCGUGGCUAUACGCAAUCAAACAGCCAGUGGUCAAAAGCGGCCGAAAGUUGUCUUACGAUUGUCAAACUUUGUGUCGAUCUCUGCGAGUGCAGCCUGCAGGCGUUUAUCGACGGAAAAGAGCAAUCAGAACGUUUGGUUUCGCUUCGUUCGCAGCUCUCAUCUGCCCGGCUAACUGGGCAAGGAUGUUUACGAUCGGCUAAUGCGGAACAAUGGCCACAAUGCAUUGAACCCUUGGCUGCGCUGGAAGAGCUGGUGAACAAAAUUACGACUGAGCUGAAGAGUGUGAUGGACAAAUAAAAUGCACAAUGGUUCAUUUCUCAAGGAGAACUAAUUUUAAUGCAAAUUCAAAU